CGGUCACAUAAUUUUGGUCACGAAGUAAAUCAUAUGAUUUCGUGAAAACUGUGAAAAUUUUUAGACGACGGACAAAAGGCACUCGCACUGCAAGCAUACAGUAGUACGUGAAUUCCUUCGGAACAAUUGAAUUUCGUUUUCGGUUUUGCACAAGUGAAAAAAAAAAUCCCUCAAGAUGGCUUUAAGCGAUGCUGAUGUACAAAAACAGAUCAAACACAUGAUGGCAUUCAUUGAGCAGGAGGCCAAUGAAAAAGCCGAAGAGAUCGAUGCAAAGGCCGAAGAAGAGUUCAAUAUUGAGAAGGGCCGUCUCGUCCAGCAGCAGCGUCUCAAGAUCAUGGAGUAUUAUGAGAAGAAGGAGAAGCAGGUUGAGCUGCAAAAGAAAAUUCAGUCAUCAAACAUGCUUAAUCAGGCUCGCCUCAAGGUGCUUAAAGUGCGUGAGGAUCAUGUGAGCAGCGUACUCGAUGAGGCCCGCAAACGCCUGGGCGAAGUCACUAAAAACCAGGGCGAAUACAAGACCGUCUUGACCAAGCUUAUUGUGCAAGGACUCUACCAGGUGAUGGAGCCUAAAGUAACCUUGCGCUGUCGUGAAGUUGAUGUGUCGCUGGUGCGCGAUGUGCUCCACGAUGCUGCUGAGCAGUACAAAUCCCAAAUGAAGCAGGAUGUUGAGUUGUACAUUGAUGAGAAAGAAUAUCUGUCAGCCGACGCAUGCGGAGGUGUUGAGCUGUUGGCUUUAAAUGGACGCAUCAAGGUUCCCAAUACCCUGGAGUCCAGAUUAGAGUUGAUUUCACAGCAACUUGUGCCAGAAAUUCGUAACGCUCUAUUUGGUCGCAACGUUAAUCGCAAAUUCACCGAUUAAAUGUUUAAUUAAGUAACAACAAAAAAUACAAAACAAAAGUUCAAGAUAAUAACAACAACCCACAUUUUGAAAAGAAAGAAGAAAAAAAACUGCAGAAAAAACUUGAUAUUUUCAACUCAUUCAAACUAUAAAUUGUACUGUAAUUAUUAUUGUCGUUGUCGUUUUAUAUUGAAAUUGCGAAAACAACAAAUGAUUUGUUCAAAUAUGUAUGCUACAAUUAUAAGUUAUUUACGUAUUUGCCAAUAUUUACAACUCACCAUUUUCGAAGAUGUGACAGAUUAAUCUAAAUCCUUAGAAUGAGUUUGUUAAUUUAUAAUAACAUUCCUCAUUGCGGUCCAUUUUUUAAAUUUGCCAUUGCGAAUGUGUAUUUUGUUUUGCCCUUGUUUGUAUAUUUUUUGCUGGACAGUUUAUACAUAUAUAUAUAUACUAUCGUUGAUUUUUGUUAUCUUCCUUUUUAGAAAUGUUAUAAAGAAAUAUUUGAAUACAAUAUGUGUGUGACAUCAGCGGCAGCAUUCUGUGCCACUCCCAGGCUGCGCAAGCGUACAAUCAGCAUUAUUGUCCUGCGGCUCAACGAAAUAAUCAACUGCAUUUCGCUGGCCCGAGGACAAUGUACACUUGCGCACUUGUGACUGGCACUGUUAACUAUAAUAAUCAUUAAUCAUGUCUGUUGUUGUUUGACAAAGUUACAUUUAUUCAUGCACGCCAAGUUAUCGAAGUAUUGCCAAGUGGCCCCAUAAAUAUAAUAAAAACUUGCUAAAUUUGUUAAUUGUAUCCUGUUUAACCUGCUUCCAAUUCAUAUAAAUCGUAUACGUAUAUAAUUACCAAAAACAAAAAAAAUGGAAAUUAGUUACUUCAAAUUAUUUAUAUAUGUUAAGCUGCCGCUUUGUCGUAUCACUUUUAAUCGCACGUUAAUAUCUGAUCCAUGCAAUCAUAAUUGUAUUUAAAUAUGUGAGUUCAAGUAAAAAUCUUAGCAUAGAUCAAUAGCAUAUGCAUUAUAAUAACACCGAGUAACUUGAAAUACAUACAACUACAAUAAAA